AUGGAUAGCUUCGUAGGCUUCCCGCCUGAAUCCGGUGCCGGUGCCGAUUCCUUGCUCGCUUUUGCCGACGAUGACCCGGAUGGCGGAACACACCCUCCAAGAUGGUCCUCAUUCAUCGGUAUCAUCAUUUCAAUCGUCGGAAACAUUGUCAUCUCAUUCGCCCUCAAUAUCCAGAAAUAUGCGCAUAUUAGGCUUGCAAGGGCAAAGUCAUUACGAUUACAAGAGAGAAAGAAAUACAAACGUCGAAGAAGAAGAAGGAGAAAGCUCCUAGCUGCGAACAAGGGUGUUGCCAAUGGCAGGAAUGGAGCUAGCACCGAGACUGAUGGAUUGCUACACCCCCCUGAAAGCAAUGGCUCACCGAAUGGACUCGAAAACGGUGAUGAAGAAGAUUUAGAAGGCAGUUGGAUAUCUACUGAUACCUACGAUAGUCCCGAAGGUGAAGAUGGAAGAGGGAGAGCUCUGAUGGAGGACGAAGAAGACCGAUAUCUUCUCGAAUCACCGGAACGGUCUCCAUCAAAAAAUGGUGGGGUGGGGGGUGCACCACCUUAUCUGAGAUCGAAAUGGUGGUGGACUGGGAUUAUCCUAAUGACCAUUGGAGAGUGUGGUAACUUUCUGGCCUAUGGUUUUGCGCCAGCUUCGAUUGUGUCUCCACUCGGGGUCGUGGCUUUGAUCUCCAAUUGCUUGAUCGCACCUCUGAUGCUUAAGGAACCUUUCAGAAGGAGAGACUUGCUAGGAGUCGUCAUUGCCAUCUUCGGUGUCGCAGUUGUGGUUUCCAGCUCGCAGCCAAAGGAAGAGAAACUCACCCCGGGCCAGAUAUGGUGGGAGAUUAGCCAGACCCCAUUCGAGGUCUAUUUUACCAUCACUUGCACAUUAAUAGUGGUUUUACUCUAUCUCAGUGGCAAACACGGCUCCAGGUUCAUUCUUAUCGAUUUGGGCCUGGUCGGAUUGUUCGGUGGCUACACGGCAUUGGCGACGAAGGGUGUCUCGUCUCUUCUUUCGAGCUCUCUCUAUAAGAUUGUUACUUACCCGGUUUUCUAUCUCCUCGUCAUCAUACUCGUCUCCACCGCCGUUUUACAAAUCAAAUAUUUGAGCAGGUCCCUCCAGCGGUUCGACUCCACUCAAGUUAUACCUACUCAAUUCGUCCUUUUCAACAUCUUCACUGUUACCGGAUCAGCAAUCCUCUACCGUGACUUUGAGAAAGCCGACGCCGCAAGGUUCAUUAGGUUCCUAAUUGGAUGCUUCCUGAACUUCGCCGGUGUUUACCUGAUAUCAAGCAAACGUGAGCGUAACUACGAAUCCGACUACGAUUCUACAAUCUCCGAGACCGAAGACGAACACCACUUCGACCCUGACAACCCGAUCAUGCGGGUCUCUUCUAUCGACAAUACCCCAUACUCAGACCAUCCACGUACGUCCCUUCAACCCGGGGCGCCGUCCACCCGACGGGACUCAUCAAUCCGCUCCACAAACUCUUUCCGUCGCACUCAAAUCCCAGCCCAGCUUCACUCCCCCCCAAAUGAAGCAUCCCCUCUUUUACCACCUGCCAAAAAUCCCCUUGAUGACCUCCAUACCCCUCUAACCCCAACCGUAUCGCGUAGCCCUUCCCGCCGCCGCCCCGCACCGAUCUCCACAACACCGGUCGCCACGCCACCAUCGGCGAGCACCAACCCUAACCGCUCUUCCCUCUCGCUUCUAACCCCCGGCCCGCUAUUUGUGGGUUACCAACUCCAAGCCGUCGUCGCAGAUACUCUGAAGCGCGGUGUCGAUCACAUACUCGAAGAAGAUCUUAUCUCACCCCACCAAAUUGCCACAGCCACAAACCAAUCCGGAUCCCUCCGUGAUAAGAAAGUUAGAAAGGUCAAAAGCGUAGGAGCAAGUCUUGGCGGUUGGCUACGUGGUGAAUCACAGACCAUCUUGCCUACUUCCUCGACGUCCAAGAACCGGAGAAAACGAGCAGGGACUAUGGAUUCCACUUCUGAUCUUAAUACGAGACAGUCGAUACGGAGCCGACUUAGUCGCUCUGGAAGUGGGGCUUCGGCGAGCGUGAGCGGGCCGAGUAGUAGUUCGAAUAACGGUGUGAAUCGAUACAGUCAAUAUUCAGAUGACUCUGUGAUGGCGGAUCCGGCGAGGAGGAGGACGAUCGCCUUUGGAGAAGGGGCAGCAGAUGAAGAAAGAAGGAGCGGUAUAAGGAGACCCAGUCCUGGUGUUGUGGAGACGGUACUGGAGGGUGGGGAUGCACCGUUGCCAGAUCCAAGAACCACAUCAAGGGGAGAUGAGAGGUGA